ACACAGAUUGACUUGUCUGGCUAGCAAGAGGCAAGGUUAGGAUUUGAACUGAGAUCUGAUUUGAAUUGAGAUCUGACUCCAAAGUCCAUGCCCUUAACCCUUUGGCAGUGACACUUGGUUUGGCACCUAGUGGCCUACAGUGUCAGUAAAAUCAAACAAAUGAAAAGCAAACCUCAGUGUGGAGGUUCUGGCCUAGUCCCAGAGCCAGUGCUGACACUGAACCCUGGAACUAAUGCCCUUUGUGAGGUGGCCCUGGAAGGUGGCAGAAGGUUCCGUCCUACUGUCAGGGACAGGUGGGCGGAAACUGGGCCAGGAAGCUGUGUAGGAGAUGGUUCUUGCAAUGCUGGGGGCUCUGCAACCCAGGGCCAGCCUCAGCCUCUCCCUCCUCUGCCUUGUCCUGGCAGCUACACUCCUUCACCCGCAGCCCCUGAGGUCUCAGCGCUCUGUUCCUGAGGAAUUUUCGGCCCCCCUGCAAGUCCCACAGCCACUUUCCGGCCUGGUGGAUGACUAUGGGGUCCGCCCCAAGCACCCACGGCCACGGGGGCCCCGACCCCUCCUCUCCCAGGCCCAGCAGCGCAAGCGGGACGGACCAGACAUGGCCGAGUAUUACGACACAUAA